UUCCUAGAUGAUGGCGUCUGGAGGAAAGCGUGGUCCCUACAGAGAGUAUCUUCGGAACACGGAGAUGAUGCCAAGAAGAAUGAGACUUGAAGUUGAGGAAGCAAUCUAUCAAGAAAAGGAACUACCAAAAUAUUCUGAAAAUUUGGAAGAUGAGACGACAACAGACAUUUCCUUUCUUCAGUGGUCACCUGGCCACAGUAACAGAGAAGCAGAAAAUGUACCCGAUGAUGCUGAGUCACAGUGUUCAGUCUCGGCAGAAACCGAGUCUGUAUCUUCAAUUGAGCGAGAGAGCACCAGUCUACCUGAAGAUUGUCACGAAGACACUGAUUCCUUGUGUAGUCAAAAUGAUUCUGACAAAGGAGAAGGAUCUGACAGAUGGAACUGGGCAGAGCAUUUCUUUGCUGGCCACUCUCAGUUUGAUCUGGAAGAGCCUGAAGUAAAUUAUGAGUCUGCAAGUUGUGACGGUAAUGUUGACACAGAUGCAGAUGAAAGAAUAUUUCCUGGCUGCCCAUUGACGUUAAAUUUGAGUGCAGUCCUUAUAAUGGAGUUCCUGGUUCACCAUAAGAUAUCUCAGAAGGCUGCCGAAGAUAUAGUCGAGCUUCUUACUGCUCACUUUCCUCCAGGGCAUAAAAUGCUUACAUCACUAUACAGGCUCAAGUCUCACUGGAGGAAGCAAUCUGCCAUGUCUAAAUAAGAAAAGAGACUUGUUUGCUCUAACUGUGAUACCAUAAUGCAAGAGAAUGAGCAACACUGUGGACAUCCUGAGUGCCUUGGUGUGUGUCGACCUCUUGAGUUUCUAGUCGUUAAGUUAAAAUUGAAACUGCUCUUGGACAGUUAUUCCGUGACCCUGCUUUUUGCUCUCAGCUGCUAAGAAAUUUUGAGGAGCAAUCGCUGUUUUCUGACAUCACCAGUGGGUCUAGCUACAGGUAUAUCACUAGGAUUGGGUACACCCAGACACCUUGGAGUAUAACACUGACCUUAAACACUGAUGGAGUUUCUAUUUUCAAAACAUCGAGAAGUGGUUCACUUUAGCCAGUAUACCUUACCGUGAGCUCUCACCUAAAUCUCGGUAGAGUAUGCAGCAUAUUAGUAUAUAUGCCAUUAGUAACCUGGGAAGCCACCUAUUCA